AUGGGGACCUCAUCCUGGAUGUCUGGCAGCGGCGGCGCAGCGGCCGCCACCUCCCCGGGCGGCAAAAUGCAGGAGGAUGAGGCGCCCCCGGCGCCCCCGGCUGGCGGUCCGAUGGAGCGCAUUCCCAUCCUGCCGCCACGACACCGCCACCAGCUGCCGCUACCCCGCGACGUGUCCAAGUCCUUGUGGCGCACCGCGGAGGAGCUGGCGGCGGCGGGCAAGCUGCUGCGGCUGCAGGUAGGCAAGAGCGGUGUCACGCGGGCGCUGAUGGCGAGGGCGGGACACCUGCUGGAGCACCACCAGCUGAUCCGGGUGAGCUUGCUUCAGAACUGCCUUCUGGAUGUGCGGUUCGUGGCCUGGCUGGCUGAGAACGCCCUGGACUGCCAGUGUAUCAAGGUCAAGGGUCGGACUGCCACGCUAUUCAGCAGCAGCGACACCAGCAUUUACGGAGGCUGCGGAGACCACCCCGCCUUCCAGAGUAUCGGUACCAAUGGAUGGGCCGGGAGCAGCAGUAUCAGUCGCAGCAUCCUCGGAGUCACUUCGAGCACAGCAGCCCACGUUAUCUCCCGCGGGGCGACAGUGGCAUGA